AUGGGCGUUGCUAAAGUCAGAAUCUACGAUUUAGGUGGUUCCAUUCUCCCUCGCCAGGCUCCUAACAAAACAACCGCCGAGUCUCGACAAAAUCCCUUUGAGUUAUUAGUCGCUCCUCAUAUCUUCAAGCAAAGAACUCAAGCUGAAGGAGUUCUUUUCUGGGAUGACGGCGAAAGCAUCGUUGAGUCAUUUGACAACCACAACUUUUACCACUGGUUAUUUAAUUAUACUGAGGCCGAAGACGGUGGACGUUUGUCAGUCACUACAAAAAGACAAGCUAAAAAGCUGGUUAUUCCCACGCUUGACAUCAUUGAAAUCUUCAACUAUGUGUCUCGCCCAGACUUUGGCAGUUUCAGCAUUGAUGGAAAGAAGGUAAACAUAAACAUUCACACAUCCCAUUACGACGAUCAGAAGAAGAUUUUGUACAUUUCGUCGGAGAAAUUGAUGGACAUUUCGAAACAAGGCACCACAACUCUUUCUUGGAAGAACUCGAAGAAAGAACCACAACGUCCGAGUUCGCCGAUUGAGGUAAUGAGAUGUCACCCGAAAAACGGUCACAGUAAAGCGCCAAAGAGGACUACUUAUGCUGAAAUGCCUUUACUUUUCCCAGCAGGACGAUAA